GGGACUGGGAGGAGGGUGAGCUCUGGUGACGCGCGGCCCUCACGUGACCCGGAGCUGCAGAGCGACGCAGCCCAGGGUGCAGUCGUCACUCGCGUCUGGCUACCAGCUCCCCGCUGCCCUGCGCACGGCGGGCUGGCAACGGGCCCGGGGAAAGCGGAGCAGGUCUGCGGACCAACAAGAGUCGCGGCGGCGCAGCCGGCGGCGAGAAUCCGGAGGAGCAGGAGGAGACGGCAAGGAUAGGCCCAGGAGUAAUGGAAUCCAAAGAGGAACAAGUGGGAAAAAAUACCAACAUGGAAAAUGCCCCAAAGAAAAAGGAACAAAAGGAGCAAGAUGAUAAUAAAGGGGAGCCCUUGGCCCUCCCUUUGGAAGCUGGUGAAUACUUUGUGCCUAGAGGAAAUCGUAGGCGGUUCCGUGUUAGGCAGCCCGUCCUGCACUAUAGAUGGGACCUGAUGCACAGGCUUGGAGAGCCACAGGCAAGGAUGAGAGAAGAGAAUAUGGAAAGGUUUGGGGAGGAGGUGAGACAGCUCAUGGAAAAGCUGAGGGAAAGACAGUUGAGUCAUAGCCUGCGUGCUGUUAGCACUGACCCCCCCCACCAUGACCAUCAUGAUGAGUUUUGCCUUAUGCCCUGAAUCCUGAUGUUUUCCCUGAAGUCAAUAGGGAGACCCUUGCUUCCUAAACUAACAUGUUGUGUUGUACCGCUGUAAGCCUUCUGAUGUCAUUAAUUCUCUUGGGUCUCCAGUUACCAGCUUCUAAUUAAAUGUUUGUGUUUUUGACGCAGUCUGUAAGAUUUUUGUCAGAAUUUACCUAUUGCAUGGAAAGAUGCUCAUUAUAUAUUGUGAAGUUAAUAAAGCAGUUUAAAAGCAAA